AUGAUGCUUCUUAUCUUUAUAAGUGACCCACAGUUUGGUUACUGGUGCAAUGAGAAAUUAAGAAAAGUGCACAUGUCAAUGACUGCCAUUUCACAGUCACUCAAAUCAGAACUGGGAUGCCACAAAAACAACUCCCUGUUAGCCCAGAGAAGAAAAAAAGAAGAAAGAAAGUAAAGGGGAAAUUCAGAUUAGUCACAAAGAAGUUCCCCGCCUGCUGCAAAGCGGCAGUGUUAAAACUGAAGAGAGUCCGCUCUGCUCUUUCAAUUGCCUCUUAUCUCUGGUCCUGCCACCUCUGUGGAUUUGCUGAUUGAUACGCCUGGUUUUAUCUUCAGCUCCUUCUUGGCAGGGGAGACAUCAGUUCUCUCUCAGAUCUCCCUUUGGCCCAGUUUUCAUCUUUGCUGCAUCCAGACUGUGAAGAUGGAAGGGGUUCAGCCCCUGGAUGAGAAUGUGAGAAACGCGCCAGGUCUGAGAUUCCAGACACACAAGCUCAUGCUGGUGGCCUCUGUGGUCCAGGGGCUGGGGCUGCUCCUGUGUCUCACCUACAUCUGCCUGCACUUUUAUGCUCCUCAGGUGCCACCUCAGUAUCCUCCAAUUCGAAGUAUCGGAGCACAAUUUACUAAGUGUGACAAUGAAAAAGGUUUCAUCCUCAUAUCCCAAAGCAAGGAGGAAACCAUGAAGAUACAAAACAACUCAAUCCCCAUCCCAUGUGAUGGGUUUUAUCUCAUCUCCCUGAAGGGCUACUUCUCCCAGGAGCUCAGCCUCAGCCUUCAUUACAGGAUAAACCGGAAACCCCUCUUCUCCCAUGACAAGGUCACGUUUGUUGACUCCAUCAUCGUGGCCUCUCUGCGUUACAAGGACAAAGUCUACUUGAAUGUGACCACUCACAAUACCUCCUGUGCAGACAUCCAGGUGAAUGGUGGGGAGUUAAUUCUCAUUCAUCAAAAUCCCGGUGGAUUCUGUGCUGAAUGAGGACCUGAUGGCCACACCUAAGCCAGGCACCAAGCUCGAAUGACACAAUGGGGGUGGACAGGACACUGGUUCUUCCUUGGUAGUGGGGGAGUCAUCCCAGAUCAGCUCCCACCUCUGGCUACACAGGAUGUGACCAGAAGAAGAUUCCCCCACUCCCACUCAGGGAUAUUUAAGACUUAUUUUACAUAUCAUUUAACUUUAUUUAUCCUCCAAUCUUCUAAAGCACCUAGCCCUCAUCCUUGCCUCAAGCCUGUCAGGUAUCUCUGCCGAAGAAAAUAGGUGCCUCUUCUUCAUGAUACCAAUUGUUUCUAUUGGUCAGGAAAUGGUCAUAAUAAACUUGCUUUAUUGAAAAAGACACUGGACGAGCAUUUGCUGGAAAUCUGGCAUCUGGCAUUGUCGAAAUGAAGAUGACCAAGGAGGGGGCGAUGAAUCAGCCGGAAGUGGUGUGGACCCACUGACAACCGCAGCUGCCUCUCUAGGAUGGAUUGGUUUGCAGUCUGCAUGUUGCCUAAAUACCUCUCACUGGGUGCAGUUAAGAAGGAAAAUCAACUUGUGAACAGCUGUCAGGACUUGGUGAAGAUAAAGAUUACUCUGUGUCUGGGCUUUUUUUCCUCUACCACAUUGCUUUCCCAGCCUCCAAAUGUUCUUAAUAGCAAUUCCCCCCUCAAAAAUCCAGUAAGAAUUUAAAGAGUCUGGGGAGUGAAACACAUUCUUUGCUACCGAUAGUCAAUGGAACAUGUAUGCACCCUUCAGCUUAUGCUGAUAACACUCAGCCCCAUGCCUUGUACAUGCACACCACAUUGCUAGUUUCAAAAAUGAAGCAAUUCUAUUAUCAGAUGCAACUUUAUGUCAAAGACACUGAGAGCCUACUGUAUCUUAUGAAAAACAAUGAUCUCUAUCUAGAAACAUUCUAAUAUCACAUAUGAUCCUAUAUCAAUUAUUGAGACUAGAAUCAGCUAAUGCCAAGGCUUUUAAGAGAAUGAGAUCCCUUAUGUUUAGUAUAAAUGUUCCUCCUGAUGUAUCAGGCUCACAGCAUUGUGAACACAUGCAAAUUUCUAGAUAAGUUGUAGAUUCUUAGAUUUUGGCUAAAAUUUGUUUUAAUGGUUGGCAAUGUUUCCCUACCAUUUUAAAUAGAGCAUGCAGGAUGUAGACCUUUUUCUGGAUGAUUCUGUGGCAUCACAAUAAUUGUGCUGGGCCAGAAAGAUGGCCCUGCACUAGAUGGUUUCCAUCACAUUUGAAUUUUUUUCUGUCUUUUUAACAUAGUUUUCCAUCUCCUCUUAAGUGUCUAUCUCCAAUUAAAUUCCCACCCUUCUAUUUUAAUCUGUUGUGGAGACAUAAGUGCUAAAUAAAAAGCUAAAUAAGAGAAAUUGUGCAUAAGUUAAGAGUAACCAAGCUCUAGUGGUGGCCAAUCAUAACUAUAGGGAAUAUUUAUGGAGGGUCUACUAUGGACUAGGCAUUGGGCUAAAUGCUUUAUGCCAAUUGUUCUGAACAAAAUAUUCUAUAAAUCUGUCUCAACUACUCAGAGAAUUUAAGUAUGUGUGUGUGUGUGUGUGUGUGUGUGUGUGUGCUGACUAUGGUCUGCAAGUUGAUGUUACUCAAUGAAUGAUAUCUAAUAAGUAAAUGUUUAUGACUAUAGAUAAUAUUUAAGAAAAUGUAUGUUUACUUUUUAAAGUUUGGAAUUUCUGACUAUAUUUCACCUGGACGUGCACAUUCCAGCUCUAAGCAUAACUCUUCUGUGGGAUGUUUGUCUUUGGUGUCAUGGCCUGUCCUGGCAAAUGCCCACUCCUUUUGAGUACACAUGGCCUGCUCUUCCAUGCUGGCCUCCCUCCUUCACCCACACAGGGAUAUUUCUGCCAUGCAGCAGCCUCACUCCCCCACCUUUCACCCAUCAAAACAUGCAUGUCUCAUUUAAGUCACUCCUUCAAAAGGAUAAUUAACUUUUCUCUGGACAUAACAGAAUUCUGUGGAAACAGAAUUGAAUGGGAAGUCAGGAGACUGGAAUUCUAAUACUAGCCAAAUGACUUUGGACAAAUACUUUCCCAUUUUUCAAUCCUGCUUCCACCCUUGUUAAAUGAUCCCCUUACAGCAGUUCUCAACCUGUGGGUCGUGAACAAUGAAAAUACAUCCUGCAUAUCAGAUAUUUACAUUAUUAUUCAUAACAGUAGCAAAAUUACAUUUAUGAAGUAGCAACAAAAAUAAUUUUAUGGUUGGGGGUCACCACAACAUGAGGAACUGUAUUAAAGGGUCGCGGCAUUAGGAAGGUUGAGAAUCACUGCUAGAAUCUUAUGCCCAUAGUGCUAAAGUGUGAAAAUACAUGCUAAGUGUUCAUAUACUGGUUGCUAUGAGUCAAGAUAGGUAACUUCUUUUACUAUGUGGAUUUUUUUUUUUCUUGGACAUGCUAACAGUCUUUCCUCAUCAACUGUUACCUAGUGCCUUUCUACUUAGUAAAUGACUUAAGGAAUCCAACCUUGAUCUAAGUCAUAUUUUGUUCUUAAGAAUACUGGGCAGGUCCCCUAUUUUAAGCCUUGAUUUUGUAUUUAGUGCUUUCCUGAUUAUCAGAGAGUAUUAAUAUUGAUAUUAAUAAUAUAGCCUAAUAAUAAUAUUGAUAUUUACAU